AUGGUGGGCACACCUCAGUCCCCCUUCUUGAAAGAAGGAACCUGCCCAUCCCAGUCAGAGCGCACCCGUCACGCGUGCUGCAGGCGUGUCAGCCAGACAGCCCCUGGCAUCCAGAGACCUGAGGUAUUCCGGGGCGGAUGCCUGGAGAGAGCGUGUUGUGGGAUUGAGAGGGUCCUCAAAGUAUUCCUUCCCGCCCCACCAUGUCUGAUCGAGUUGAGUUUCCCAUCAGCACUACUGCUCACGGUGUGGCAGGGCACUGCUUUCCCUUUCUAUGAGGCGUCAGACGGGGUCCUGGAGCCAACCAUGCCCGAUAGGACUCCUUCUUCAGCAGCGGCAUCACUUACUUCGGUGUCCACCAUGGGUUGGGAGUUCACCGCCCACGACCACUUUGCGGGAGACUUUACCAACCACAGCUCCGGGCCAGCUCACGUCGACCAAGAAGAGGUGGCGUUCCAUGUCCACAAACUAGAUUCUGAGUCCAGGGGUUGGAGUUGUGAGGUCCCCGCCGACUGCUACCCAAACCCGGAGCACCGGCCCCUUACGGUCCCUCCUGCAGGUGGUGGGCCUGGGAGAUGGCUGCUGUUUGAACUGGGCCCGGCCCGGUCGAUGGGGCAGAGACCCGACCACCAGGCGCUACGCAUGCCGGCCCGGCCCCAGGCCUGGCUCCAUGGCGGGGCCCGGCUGCGCCAUGCAUUUUCCUUAUUCAUUUCUCCAGAUGAUAACAAGUUCAGCGAGGCAACGGCGGUGCUGUUCACGUGGAUCGACAGAGGCGAGGUGAACCGACGCUCGGCGAAUCAUUUCUACUCUAUGAUCCAGUCAGCAAACAGCCACGUGCGGCGCCUAAUGAACGAGAAAGCUCAGCACGAGGAGGAGAUGGAGCUGGCCAAAGAACACUUUAAGAAUUCCCUGCUUGCCAUUCUCACACAAUUUGAGCAGAUUACGGCUGUGUUCACCGCUGCCACCAGGCAAAAGGCAUGGGACCAUUUCUCAAAAGCGCAGCGCAAGAACAUAGACAUUUGGCGAAAGCAGUGCGAGGAGCUGAGAAAUGCUCACAGUGAAGAGAUCAUGGGAAUACGAAGGGAAGAGGAAAUGGAGAUGUCAGAUGAAGACUUGGAGGAAAACCCCUGCAAAAAGAUGAGAAUGGAGGACACGGUGCUGUCUGCGCAGACGUGUGCUCUGAGGGAGGAAAACGACAGUCUGCGCUGGCAGCUGGACGCUUACAGGAACGAGGUGGAGCUGCUGAAGAAAGAGCAGGGCAAGAUGUACCGUACCGAGGAGGAUCACACGCAAGAACAACAGCUGCACUUCCUGCAGCAGACCAUGCAGAACAUGCAGCAGCAACUGCUUCGGCUCCAGGAAGAGCUGAAAGGGAAGGAGCUGGAGCUGGAGCAGGCCAGAGAUGAGCAGCACUACCUAGAGGGAGAGGUCCUCAGCCUCAGGGAAAAGCUGUUGAACGCCAUGGAAUCGGUAGACUUGACAAACCACAACUCUGAAGGCCAUGAAAAGGGAGUCAAUGGCACCGCGACGCUCUACCACCAUCGAGAGAAGAAUAACGACAUGGUCAUUUGGGGUCCUUUGAGAUCAGAGAAAGAGGCUCUCUUGCUCGGAAUCAUAUCAACCUUUCUUCACGUCCACCCAUUUGGAGCCAACAUUGAAUAUCUGUGGUCUUACAUCCAGAGACUCGAUACAAAGAUCUCGGCCAGUGAACUCGAAAGAUUAAUGGUCCGGCUGCCCAACAUGUUCAAGCAGGAGUUCAGUGGCGUUGGAGCGACUCUGGAGAAGCGCUGGAAGUUCUGCGGAUUUGAGGCUCUUAAAUCGUUGUGACUUGCAGAGCCACAUGCACUGACACUGAGGCUUCUGGACCCCCGGAAGACUGAUCCAGAGUCAGCGACAAGAGCCAGAGCCUCACAGACACAAACAACAGGCUCUACGCCCCGUACCGCCUCAGAUCCGAUGGCUGCCGCUCUCCAGAGGAAGUGAGACUCUACACGCGGCGCCGCAUCAGAUGUAUUUACUUGAAAAAGCUCUUUCCAGACUUCUGUACCGAUUGCGUAACUUAUCUGUCAGUGGCAUCGUCCCUGAAGGCUGGGAGAUAUCCAGGAAUAUCGUGCCUCUCGGUUAAAAAUACGGAAUGCUGAAUAUGGGACACAGAUGUGUGAUAGCGGCCCUCGGCGCCCAUCAAAGCCAGAGUGUGUGUGAAGACGACUUCUGCUCUGAAAAAUGAUUUCAUUCAUGGCCAAAGUGCUGGAGCUGAUAGACAACAGUUGCACAGCUGAAGCUCUUUGGACAGUUUGCUGUGUUUCAGACCGUCCUUGUUGUGUAGACGAUGUAUGUAACAUGCUCUUUGUGUCUUGAUGCACUGUUGUUAAAGGUCUGCUUAUGUAAAUUAUGAUUCUUUUUAAAAAAAAAAUCAAUUAAAAACUUUUUAUCCAAAA